AUGGAAGACGGAGAACCUUCAAAUACAGGCAUGGAAGAUGGAGAAGCUUCAAAUAACCUUUCGGAAAACUACCAAAAAGAGUCCUCGGCGAUGGUUGCUACCCCGUUGAAACACGAGAUUUGGUUCCUCUUUGGUGGACAGCCUCUGAGAUAUUCGAUACGGGAGUUCAAGGAAAUCACUGGAUUGAAUUGCAAUCCCGAACCUGAUAGCACAGAAGAAGAAGAAGAAGUCGGGAAAACAGGAAUCUGGAAAGACCUGUUCGGAAGAGUGAAGGCUAUGAACGUGUAUGAUGUGCUUGAAAUGCUAAAGGACCCGGAUCUACCCCGAUGGAAACGGCUUCCAUUGGCCCUAAUCGUUCUUGUCGACGGUGUUCUGUUUUGCAAUAGCAAAAAUCUGGCCCUCACCGAGAAAUACGUUGAGAUGUUGAGUGACUUGGAUAGGUUCAUGCUGUAUCCAUGGGGGAGGGUAUCCUUUAACAAAACAGUAUCUUGUUUUCAAGCUCCGAAGGCAAUCACGGAUGCCGAGAAAAGGGAGAAUCCUGUAACACGAUUGCGCCGUCAACUUAAACAGAAAACCAGUGCAUGCUAUGGAUUCCCUCUAUCACUACAACUCAUGGCCCUCCAAUCUAUACCAAUGUUGGUUUCCAAAAUUCCUCAACCUGAUAACUUGAAGACAUUCCUUGAAGAUCCCGAAGGCUGUCAAAACGUUAUCACACUGUUGCAUCUUGGGGACAUACAUGCCGUCGAAUCCGACCCUCUGAUGGUAGUGGAUGAUGGUGAGAAUGACCAACAAAAUGAAUUGCGUUGGGGAGAUGAGGUAGAGGAUGCCGAAGUUGCAUUCAUGCAGGAACUCAUGGCCGAGGGGUACAAAUUCACACCUUCGGAUUUUGCAGUGGCACCGGCACCUAUCGUGGAUAUUAGUGAUGCAGAGGACGAGAAUACUUUGCUCCUUCCUGAGAUUAAGACCGAGUUGGACAAGAGAUUGGGCGUAUACCAAGAGGACGAAGAAGAUGACGAUGUACACCAGUCAAAAGAAGAUGGGGAACAGGAUGACGAAGGACAGAAUACAAAAAAAGAUGGUGAAAAAGCGGAUGAAGAUGAAGACGAAGCCGAAGAUGGAGGGGCACAGUCUAGCGUACGCCAUAAUGAUGGUGUACACCCCGAAGAUGGUGUACACCAGAAAGAAAGAGAUGAUGAAGAAGGGACCUCUAGUUACUACGGCGGGGACCAUUAUUCUCCCAGGGACCAUGCGUACUUGAAGACUCCAGAAGCUCCGACGAUGACCCCUGAACCGGGACAAGCCAAUUCAGGAACAACUCGUCCACCUCCUUACUUCGUCACUCCGGAUGAAAUUCCACCUUCUGGCCUCAACGAGGUGGAUGGUGGUAGAACAAAUUUGGUGUCAGGCCCCUUAGUAGUCUACAAACCUCAGACUCCUCACCCAUUGAGCUACGCAUAUAAGAAACAUGAAGCGCAGACAGAUGCGCAGGAUGCACAGGGUGUGGCUAAUGAGGACGACUCAAAUGCGGGGAAAGAUUACCAUACUGCGCCUGAGGAUGCAAGUGAUGCUUCGCAGAAGACCCCUUGUACUCCAAAACCCCCACAAGAAGUUGAGGGAUCGUCUGGUGUAAGGAGAACAAGUGGAGGAACAGGAAGAGGACGAAGAGGUAGAGGAACAGGAAGAGGAGGAAGAAGUAGAGCAAAACGCGCACGUGUACGAUCGGACAAGAUUCGAGAUAUUUACACCGCUGAUUCAAAGGUGAAAGCUCUAUUUGUAUCCAGAUCGAAAGCUGCGUACAAACCACUCGAAACAGUUGACCAAGACCACUUCAAGGCAUUUCAGGAGUUAUUAUCGCGUGAAAGAAACAUCGAAUUUUGCAUUGUCAAUGGUCAUACUGUGAACAAUCAAUUCUUCCUACAAAUUGCGAAGCCUAUUGAGUGGGUUAACACGAUGCACAUGCAAGUCAUAAUGGCCAUGCUUUGGAGACGUAGAGGUGAAAUAUACUUGAAAGACAGGGUAGCAUUUGUAGACACCUUGUUCAUAUCCAUCAUCGGCAACUACUACAACGAUUUCAUAUCGCGAGACAAAAAUCAGUAUGACUGGGGGAAAACCAUUCAGGGCAUUGUAUUGGGAAAACCAGCAAAGUGGGCUAAUCAGCGGUAG